UAUGUCGAGCCGGGCCUGGGCCGCCGCCGCGCCAGGCAGAGCCCUGAGUCCUAAUCUUGGUCUGGCAACGGUGGCCGCCGCGGAUAUGGCCGAGUUCUCGCCGGCCUCCAAUUCCACCUUAGGCGCCGGCAGCGUUUCUCUGCCGCUCAUUGAGUCAGAAUUGUACUUCCUCAUAGCUCGGUUCUUGACCACUGGGCCUUGCAGGAGAGCGGCAGAGGUGCUGGUGCAAGAACUGGAACAGCACCAGUUACUUCCUAAACGGUUGGAUUGGGAAGGAAAAGAACAUUGCAGAAAUUAUGAAGACUUGGUCUUAUGUAACAAACAUGUGGCUCCAGAUCACUUGCUACAAAUUUGCAAGAGGAUUGGCCCUAUAUUGGAUAAGGAGAUUCCACCCAGCAUUCCGAGAGUGAACUCAUUGCUAGGUGCAGGGAAGCAGUCCUUACUGCGCUCAGCAAAAGAUUGCAGAAGUUCAGUUUGGAAGGGCUCAGUCAUUGCUGCCCUUCAUAGAGGAAGACCCCCUGAAAUGCCUGUUAACUGUGGUACACUCCUAAAUCUUGUGGCAGUAAAUUAUGCAAAACAAUUGACUGGAUGUACAAGAUCCAGUUCUUCAUUCCCAGGAAAUAUGUAUCAGCAUAUAAAGAUGCAUAGACGAAUUCUGGGUCAUCUCUCUGCAGUUUACUGUGUGGCAUUUGAUAGAACAGGACACAGGAUAUUCACUGGGUCAGAUGAUUGCUUGGUAAAAAUUUGGUCCACACACAAUGGUCGGUUACUAGUGACUCUGAGAGGUCAUUCAGCUGAGAUCUCUGAUAUGGCUGUGAACUAUGAAAACACAAUGAUUGCUGCUGGCAGUUGUGAUAAAAUUAUCAGGGUUUGGUGCCUCAGAACAUGUGCUCCGAUUGCUGUUCUACAAGGGCACACGGGAUCGAUUACAUCUUUGCAAUUUAGCCCAUUGGUCAAAGACUCCAUGCGAUACAUGGCUUCCACAGGUGUAGAUGGAACAGUUUGCUUCUGGCAAUGGGAUACUAUUUCUAUGAAAUUCAAUAACCGGCCACUGAAAUUCACAGAAAAGCCUAGACCUGGAGUUCAAAUGCUUUGUUCUUCAUUUAGUGUUGGUGGGAUGUUCUUAGCAACUGGCAGUACUGAUCAUGUUAUCAGAAUGUAUUAUUUUGGUUCUGAAACACCUGAAAAAAUUGCAGAGCUGGAAAGUCAUGCUGAUAAAGUUGACAGCAUUCAGUUUUCUAAUGGUGACAAUAGGUUCAUAAGUGGCAGCAGAGAUGGAACAGCCCGAAUCUGGCGAUUCCAGCAAGCUGAGUGGAAGAGCAUUUUGUUGGAUAUGGCUGACAAGUUACCUGGUGAUUUGUGUUCAGAAGAGGAUAAAUUUAUGAAGCCCAAAGUGACCAUGAUAGCUUGGAGUCAAGAUGAUAAUUUGGUGGUUACUGCAGUGAACAAUCAUCUGCUCAAAGUGUGGAAUUCUUAUACUGGACAGCUGCUUCAUGAUCUCACGGGGCAUGUGGACGAGGUCUUUGUUUUGGAGCCCCACCCAUUUGAUUCCAGGAUUAUGCUGUCUGCAGGCCAUGAUGGCAAUAUCUUUAUCUGGGAUAUAACAAAAGGCAUUCAAAUGAAACACUAUUUUAACAUAAUUGAAGGACAAGGUCACGGUGCUGUCUUUGAUUGCAAAUUUUCAUCAGAUGGGCAGCACUUUGCUUGUACAGAUUCUCAUGGACAUCUCUUGAUAUUUGGCUUUGGUUGUAACAAAACUUAUGAAAAGAUUCCUGAUCAGAUGUUCUUCCAUACUGACUAUCGACCACUGAUUCGAGAUUCUAACAAUUAUGUCCUAGAUGAGCAAACUCAACAGGCUCCUCACCUCAUGCCCCCACCAUUUUUGGUAGAUGUGGAUGGAAACCCUCACCCAACAAAAUACCAGCGGUUGGUACCAGGGAGAGAGAACUGUGCAGAUGAACAUCUGAUUCCUCAGCUGGGAUAUGUAGCAACAAUUGAUGGAGAUGUUGUGGAGCAAGUAAUAGGUCAACAAACUGCUGACCAGGAUGAACAAGGUCUGGAACCCAGCAUUCUUGAUGGCAUGAUUAGACAGUUACAGCAACAACGAGACCAAAGAUCUGGUACAGACCAAGACAUUCUUCCACCUGGACCACAAAAUGGUGAAGGAACACCUAGAAGAGAUUUCCGGAGGCCAAGCCUGGAUAUCCAGUCUCCUCCUAAUAUUGGCUUGAGGCGUAGUGGUCAAGUGGAAGGUGUGCGUCAGAUGCAUCAGAAUGCUCCGAGGAGUCAGAUUGCCACAGAGAGAGAUCUCCAAGCUUGGAGAAGGAGAGUAGUUGUUCCUGAAGUAUCAUCCAGUAUUUUCAGAAAUCAGGAAGAUUAUAGGGUUGCAAAAGGAGAAGAAGAGAAAUGGUUGUAUAGAACAGAGCUGAAAAGGAAGUCAUUUCAGUCUUCAGAAAAGAGUGACUCUGAAGAUUCACUGAUGGAAUCCAAGAGGAGGCUUCAUAGACGUAAAUAUGCAACGUAUAGAGCACAGAAUAACAUUGAACAAUCAGAUUCUUCUAGUGAAGAUGUAAAUGACUGUUUUGGUUUGAUAGAACAGGAGGCAGAGGAAAGUGAUGGAUUGAGUUUGUCUUCCCAUGAAGAAGAAUGGAAAAGUGACAAAAAAACCAACAGUAAUAGUUCCAGUGACUCCUCAAGCCAGUAUUCUGACUGGAUUGCUGAUGCAGGGAUUAACCUGCAGCCUCCUGUAAGAGCUUCUCGGCGCAAGAUUAUUAGAUAUUGUAGUUCUUCUGAAGACGAAGUAUCACUGGAAAAAAUUUCUCCACCAAAGAGGAGGAAAAAAAGACGGAAAAAAUACAAACCAAAAAGGCAUAAGGAGGAUGUGCAAGUGAACACUCCCCAACAGUCGACAUCCCUAGAACUGUCCUGUGAGUUUCAGCCUCCUGACUGGAUAACAGACAUCAGACUCCGAAGGUCUCCUUUUGUUCCACAAAUGGGUGAUGAGGUGAUAUAUUUUCGACAAGGCCAUGAAGCUUAUAUUGAAGCAGUGAGAAAAAACAAAAUUUAUGAAUUAAAUCCUCACAAAGAGCCAUGGAGAAAAAUGAUCCUUAGGGAGCAAGAAUUGGUCAAAAUCGUUGGGUUACGUUACGAAGUUGGGCCUCCUACACUAUGCUGCCUCAAGCUUAAUCUUAUGGAUCAUGUUACAGGGCAGCUUCAGGAUAAAUCUUUUUCUCUCAAAUACCAUGAUAUGCCAGAUGUUAUUGACUUCCUUGUGUUACGUCAGUUCUAUGAUGAAGCACGACAAAGAAAUUGGCAACCUCGUGACCGCUUUCGUUCUAUUAUUGAUGAUGCUUGGUGGUUUGGAACUGUCUUGAGCCAAGAGCCAUACCAGUCACAGUAUCCAGAUAGCCCUUUUCAAUGUUACAGUGUUAAAUGGGACAAUGGUGAAACUGAAAGACUUAGCCCAUGGGAUAUGGAACCAAUUCCAGAGAAUGUAGUUGAUCAGCCUGAGGAAUUGGGAAGUAGUGUUUCUGUGACUCCUCAAGAAAUGGCGAAACUGUUAUACAAACCUCAAAAGGGUGAAUGGCAGGGGAAACCUCAGGAUGAAGAAUGCGAGCGGAUUAUUUGUGGAAUUGAUCAGCUUUUGAGACUUGAUAUUUCAGCAGCAUUUGCUGGCCCAGUUGAUCUGAAUACAUAUCCAAAGUACAGUACAGUAAUAGCUUAUCCAACAGACCUUUGGACUAUCCGGAUGAGACUAGUCAACCGGUUUUACAGGAGUCUCUCUGCAUUGAUUUGGGAAGUAAGAUGUAUUGAGAGCAAUGCCCUAACUUUCAAUGAACCCAACAGCACUAUUGCUAGGUCUGCUCAAAAAAUCACAGAUCAGCUCUUAGAAUUGAUCAGGAAUCCAAAUUGUACAGAUGUUUUUGAAUUGUGUAUUGCGAUAAACAAUGAGGACAGCACUGAUGCUGCUGAAUUGGAUGAUGAAGAGACCUAUGUACCAAGAGCAUCUUCUAGAAAAAAACAGGCCCUGAACAGGAAAACCACUGCAAAACCCAGCUAUGAUGAAAAUAGUUGGAAGAGACAAUGCAUGGAACUUGUAAAUUUAAUUUUCCAGUGUGAGGAUUCUGAGCCGUUUAGACAACCUGUUGACCUGGAUCAGUACCCUGAUUACCGAGAAAUUAUAGACACACCGAUGGAUUUGGGGACAGUGAAGGAGACUCUAGAAGCUGCAAACUAUGAUACUCCAAUGGAACUGUGCAAAGAUAUUAGAUUAAUAUUUGGCAAUGCUAAAGCAUACACCCCAAAUAAAAGGUCUAAGAUAUAUAGUAUGACAUUGAGAUUAUCUGCGCUGUUUGAGGAAAAAAUGAGAAGAAUCAUCUCUGACUUUAGAACUGGACAAAAAUACAAUGAAAGAUUAUGGCGAGGUCGGCGACACAGUAGGAAAUUUCAAAGUCAGAGUAAGUCUGUACAGAACUCUACCAAAACACCCAGAAAUACAAAGCAGAAGCAGUGUAAAUCUCAGACAAAAAUUCAGUCUGCGGCAGAAGAUUCUUCUAACCAAAAUACCUCAAGUCGAAAGUCCUGUCUUACAAGCCAUAAAAUAUAUACUAGCAGCUCUAGUCACAGUAUUGCUGGUGUAUCAUCUGACUCAAACUCCACAUCGUCUUUUGGGGAAAACACACGAACAAGAAACACAGCUGUAGCAUGCAGUUCUGCAUUGUCAUCAGAAAGUGAGUUAGAACACUCCACAAUGGCUUCAUCUUCAAGUAGUUCAGAGGAAAGCAAAGAAAGUUCUGCAGCUUUCUCAUCUCCUGCAAUACAUAAUGGAACCUAUGGGAAAAAGAGAAGUAACUUCAGGGUUACUAGAAACAGAGUGUAUCAGCAAAAGCAAAUGGCUUCUCAAGAGAAUGGAAAUAGCCAAAGGACUACCAGGAAAAGAAUAAGUGAGAGAGAAACUGAUAAUUCAAAAGAGCCCUAUGAAUCUUUGAGCAACAGGAGUGGAAGGUGCAGAAAAAUUCCACGUAGAAGUGCUGCUGUGGCAGCUAAUAAGUUAAGACUGAUGAGUGAUGUAGAAGAGGAGCUUUCUAGCUCAGAAAGUGUUGGUAUUGGAAGCAAAAACAGAAAACUGCCUCAUCGCAAUGCUUCUGCUGCAGCCCGAAAAUUACUGCUGAAUGACUCUGAGGAAGAAAGUUCCAUACAGUCUGAAAGUGAUACACAGAGAGAAAAGCAAUCUAACAAAAGAAAAACCUCCAAAGCUGGAUCAGCUGUUGUUCGAAAAAGACACGUUACUGAAUCUGACAGUGGAAGCUCCAAUUCUGAGAGUGGUGUACAAAAAGCACGGAGGAGGUAUCCUGUUAAUGGUCAUAAGCAGCCACACACAGCUGCCAAUUAUCCAAAAAUAAAGCACACGGAGGGACUUUUGGAAGAUGACUCCAAAAGCCACGUGUCAGAGGAAGAGAGCAUUGAAAAAACUUCUUAUCGGUUGUCUUCUGUGCACAAAAGUAAUCCAAGGAGCAACUCUGAGGCAGAUUCCGAGCCAGAGAAAUGCAAUGGUUUAGCAAAAGACAAUUGUAGGAAGGUAUCAACUCACUUCAGGAAAGCUAAAGUUUUGAGUGAUUCAGAGGAUGGAGUGGAGUCAAGGAGAGAGGAUAAAAGUGUCACUUCUUCUGAGAGCAGAGAUUUCCCUGAGACUUCAAGAGAACCCAAAACUAGCUCAAAGUGCUUCUCUAAUUUGGAGUCUGGAACUGAUAGCAGUAGCUCAACAAAAAGAAAGAAAAGAGAAACCAUCAGGAAAGAUUGCGUCCUUCAAGCGAAUGGGCUUAGGAAAAAUGCCAGGAAAAGACACUAUGAAAGCAAUUCUCGAAAAGAAGAGGGAGUCUCCAAAAUGCAAAAUAGUGCCCAUCAUGGUUACCAAAGAUUAUCACGCAGAAGUGCUACUAUGACAGUUAAUAAAUUGAGGCUCAUGAGUCGUGUGGAAGACCUCUCCAACUCAGAAGCCAAAGGCUGUGGGAACAAGAAUGGAAAACUGAACCAUCACAGUGUUAAGUCUACAGCUAUAAAAAGUUCAGACAGUUCAGGGGAUGCAAGUCAGCAGUCUGAUGCAAAAAAAAAUGGGCAAUAUAACAGAAGAAAGUGCACUCAGUCUGGUUCAACUGCAGUUUCUGCUAGGGGUUAUGAUAGUGACUCCGAAAAUAGAAGUUCAGAUUCUAGCCAUGCUACAGGAAAGAAAAGGCAUAUUAAACCCCACAGGCAGAAACGUAGAACUGCAUAUGAUGAAACUGAAUCCCCUAGUAUAAAAUCCAGGAUGGAUGUUUCAGAGAAAAAAUCCAACAGCCAUAUGUCAAAGAACAGAAGUCUUCAUAAACUUCCUGAAUAUGUGCAUAAUACUAUAGACCGUUCUGAAUCUGAAAUAGAUUCUGAGUUAGACCAAUGCAGUAGUGAAGUUAAGAAGCAGCACAAUUAUCAGAAAACAGCAGCUUCCAGUAAAGCAAAACCCAAAAGGCACAUCCAAGCCACAACAGAAUCUGAUGACGAAUAUAAAGGGGAUGAAAUAGGCUCUCUGUCCGACAGCAAGGAACCUUCCAGAAGGCAAAAAUCUAAAUGCACAUCAGACUCCAUUUGCUCUUCUGAUUUGGAAACUGAAAUGCAUUCCAAUAAUAGUAAUUACAGUGAUGCUGCAACACCACUCAAGAAAAAGAAAGGCAAAACAGAAGUCAUUCGGAAAGAAUCCAUUUCUCAAGAGAUGCGCCAAAGUCCAAAACUACUCAGGAACAGGAAAAAUUACAAUAAUUUUGCAGAAUUGAAUAGUGAAGCGAUGAAUAUCAAAACACUUAAUGGAAAGAAAAUUCCACGCCGCAGUGCUGCUGUGGCUGCAAGUAAAAUUAAGCUUAUUAGUGAUGCAAGGGAAGAGCUCUCAAGUUCAGAAGUUGGGUACACUAGAAACAAGAACCGAAAAUUGCCGCACCGCAGUGCCUCUGCUGCAGCCAGAAAGAUACUGGAAGAUUUACCUUCACCCUCUGAAAGUGAAGCAGAAGUGAAGGAAUGUGAGAGCAAGGAAAAAUCAUUGCAGACCACAGCUAGAAAAUCUAGUAGAGAACCAGAAAAAUAUUUGGACUCUGAAAAAGAGAGUGCAGUGAAACAAAAGAUCAGGCACAGCAAUGGCUCAAGACAACAACAAGCUCUCAGAAAUGUAUGUAGACGAUAUCAUAAAAGGAAAAAACGUGCAGUAGAAUAUUCUGAAGAAUCAUCCUCCAGUAGUGUUACAUCUGAGGAGCAGAGAGGUUCAAGCCAGCCCCUGUCUCCAGAUAACCAUAAUGCAGCAAGCACUCCUGCAGUAGCUUCUGUAUUAGGAGAAGAGUAUAAAGAUGUGAACCGCAAAGCAGAGAUUGUAGGAGAGAGAGGGCAAGGAGGAAGCACUUUGUCAAAGAGUAGGAAAUCUGGCCCUUCAAGGAACUCAAAGUCUGAGCCUGAUGGCAGUUCCAAUUACUCUUCAGAUUCAGAAUCUCAAACAGAGUCCAAAGACAUUAACAACACUGGAAAUAGAAAAACAAAAAAGAGGAAAAGGAAAGCUAUUCCAACAGAUAAAAGUUUAAAUGAUGGCUUUUCUGAACCUUCUAGAACACCUCAGAGAAGGAAACGGCCAAAAGUGAAUGAAGAGAAUGAUUCUGAGGAAUUGGAUUAUACGAAGUAUAAAAGAGUAAAUCGACGUUCCAAAAUCAGAACUAGAAAUGGGGGCAGACGAACUGUAAGAUAUGCAGAUGAUGAAGAUGAUUGUGAAAUGUAACUGCAAGAGGAAGAGCUAGCCCACUUUCCUUCUAGUAAUGAUACUAAAGUUAACGAUAUAUGUUGGAUCUUCUCUUCCUACAAUUCAGGGAAUAUAUUUAUAUUUUUCUAUGAAAAAGUUAAAUAUGGAGACUCUCCUUUUCAUAAUAUGACUUGCACUUAUCUGCCUGUGUAGCAGCAUUUAGCACAUAUGCCAAAAUGUGCCUCAUUAUAGGGGCAAACGUGUCUUUCAUAUAGUAAGCGGUUGGGUGUGUGUGUGUGUGUGUGAAUGAAUAAAACAUUAGGUGACAGCUUAAAAGCUGUAUGUCUAAAUAGUGUUACGGUGCUGCAAAGAGACACUACCUAUGUUGUGCUAUAUUAGUGUGUUCCAAGAAGAGAUAAAUCUGAACACCUCCGUGUUUAAGAUUUCAUGUGUCAGUAACAGACUAGCAUCUAACACUGUAUAUUAUAAAAAAUAAGUCAAAAGGUUACUGAUUUUAAAGAACAAAUAUGUGAUCAAUGUUACCAAAUAUAACAACUUGUUAAAAUGAGCGGUGCUACAAAUUUCUGAGAAACAGCUUGAAGUAAUUGGUAAUAAAGAAAAUACUUACUGAUUUUAUAAAUAUGUGGAUACAAGAUUUUGCUGUCAUAUAUAAUCUUUUAAUGUGUGGCUUCCAUACUGUAAAUUUGAGGCCAUUAGAAUACAGGUGAUCACUUGAGCCUAAGAUUAUUAUUUUUCUUUUCUUUCUGUGAAUGUUUUGUUACAAACAAGCAAAAAUAAGUAAAAAUUGUGCUUUGUGAUAAAAACUUUAACGCUCAGAGUGCUAGUAUUUAAGGUGAUUUGCUAAAGUUGAAUUCUUGAUUCUUUAAGAUUUAGUUAUUUAUAACUUAGAUUAUUGGUGCACUUAAACCACUGCACCUCCUGAUUUGUCAAAGUAAAGCACCUUCAUGUUGGUGGUAUUUAGGUUGGCGCCAUUGGAAAAAACAAGUAAUUUCACUUCAUUGUUGCAGAUGAAGAAUGGGAAAUACAUGAUAUUGUAUAACUGUUUAAUGGUGAGAUGUAUGCAAUUUCCUUUAAAAAAAUACCAUUCCACCCUGAUCUACCUUCUCUGAGAGCGUAUGGUUUUUAGACCACCUCCCCUUCCUGGAGAUGCCCUAUUUGUUAUAAUUUGCCCCAAUUUGUCCUAUUUAUAUGUCAUGUUGAAUGUUCACAUAACAGUCAUUUAAUUUAUCCCUGUGGGCCUCCUGAAGUUUUAUUCUGAGAACCAUUAAUUCAGGGUUGUAUGUGUGUUUAAACAAAUGGAACAAAACCCUGAAGGUUACUAUAUUAGAACAUUGGUUUUGUCUUCCACUUCUUGGUUUCUCAAGGUAACCCCACCCCCAAUAACAUGGUUUGUCUUUUAAUGAAAAAUGCUAGUGAUCAAAGUUCUUUAUUUUUGUAUGUUAAGUUAGAAAAUGUGCUUAAUAUGGAUAAAUUGCACAUUUCUGUAUUUAAAAUGAAGAUGAAUUCGAGUAGACUUGUUUGUUUAGGAGCUUUGAAAAUGUAUUUUUUUUUCCUGAAGUAAACACUGGUGAAAUGAUAAAGGGAAGCCUCCAAACCCCUGUAAUCAAUCUGAAGCGCACUGCUGUGUAAAAUGAAUUCUUACUUGCACUUGAAAUAAUCAUGAUUUUUAAUUGUUUGACUUCAAUAUGUUGUAGUAAACCAGUACAACAUGAAACAAAAUAUUUCAAGUAGUAGAAUAGAGACUGAAUUUGCCCAGUGCUAUACAAUAAGUGGAAUGUUCUCAAAUAAAAGCGAAAAAAGUGGACAUCA